AGGUCUACAAUUUGGGUGGUUUAAUUUGUGUUAUGUAUUCAACGUGUACAGAGUAUGAGCGCCUGAGUAUCAACCAGCACGCUCUGCCAUAGCUGGCCCAGAAUAUCAAAUAACCGCCUCUGUUAUUAGUAAACCCGUCUCCCUCGCUAUUUAUGCUAGUCUGCUCCUCCAAAGCUAACACACACACAACCAUAGAGAGAGAGGGGGAGAGAGAGAGAGAGAGAGAGAGAGAGAGAGAGAUGGGGAAAGGAGGAGAUGGAGAAUCAGAAAACAUGGCAGCUUGGCUGGUCGCUGUCAACACUCUCAAAAUCCAACCUUUCAAACUCCCCCCUCUCGGCCCCCGUGAUGUCAGGGUUCGUAUGAAAGCAGUCGGUAUCUGCGGAAGUGAUGUUCACUACCUCAAGACAAUGAGGUGUGCAGAUUUUGUAAUGAAGGAGCCCAUGGUGCUUGGCCAUGAAUGUGCUGGGAUUAUAGCAGAAGUAGGGAGUGAGGUGAAGUCUCUGGUUGUGGGUGACCGUGUUGCUUUGGAGCCUGGCAUCAGCUGCUGGCGCUGCAAUCACUGCAAGGGCGGCCGCUACAAUCUCUGCCCAGAUAUGAAGUUCUUCGGCAGCCCUCCCGUUCACGGCUCCCUUGCGAAUGAGGUAGUGCAUCCUUCUGAUCUGUGUUUCAAGCUGCCUGAUAACGUGAGCUUAGAGGAAGGGGCAAUGUGUGAACCCCUUAGUGUUGGGGUCCAUGCUUGUCGUCGUGCUGACGUGGGUCCAGAAACAAAUGUGCUGAUCAUGGGAGCUGGUCCAAUUGGCCUUGUUACUAUGCUUGCAGCCCGUGCUUUUGGAGCUCCCAAAAUAGUUAUAGUGGAUGUGGAUGAUCAUCGUCUAUCUGUUGCUAAGGAACUUUGUGCAGAUCAGUCUGUUAAAGUUUCUACAGACAUUCAGGACAUAGAUCAGGAAGUGGUUCAAAUACAGAAGGCUAUGGGAGCUGAAAUUGAUGUGACCUUUGAUUGUGCCGGCUUUAACAAAACCAUGUCAACAGCUCUGAAGGCUACUCAUGCAGGUGGUAAGGUUUGCCUUGUGGGGAUGGGUCACAGCGAGAUGACUGUUCCUCUCACUCCAGCUGCUGCAAGAGAAGUGGAUGUCAUAGGCAUUUUCCGUUAUAAGAACACUUGGCCCAUUUGUCUCGAAUUUAUAAGUUCUGGGAAGAUUGACGUGAAACCUUUGAUAACCCACCGGUUUGGGUUCUCUCAGAAGGAGGUUGAAGAGGCCUUUGAAACCAGCGCUCGAGGAGGUAAUGCCAUCAAGGUGAUGUUUAAUCUAUAGGUGAAAGGACAUGUUUAUUUUGGACUUCUCACAGAAACAUGAUUCCAUGAAGAUCACAAAAAGUUUUU